AUGCAUUUCAAGGCUCUCAAGAUUGGCGUUGCGCUCUUUUCCGGGCUGAUUCCUUCAAUGAUGUGUCAGGAAGGAAAUAGCUCCAUGCCCGUCUUCACGCCGGAGCUCAAUUCCAUGCGCACUCUCUCCGUGGGAUUCGUCAUUUUUCCCGGAUUUGAGCUUCUCGAUGUCUUUGGUCCCAUGGAGAUUCUCACCGUACUCUCGGCCUUCAACAAGAUGACCCUUUCCGUCAUCGCCGAAGAAACUGGCCUGGUUCCUGCUGGUAUGCAGCCCUACGGCCCUGACGACUUCAGCGCGCCGCCAACCGACUUCGGACACGUCAUCGCGCCUCGCGUCGAGGCUACCCACAACUUUAAGAACGCUCCGGCGCUUGAUAUCUUGUUCGUGCCCGGUGGCCUCGGUGUCGUGACGUUAGAGCAGACGAACAACACUAGCGUGGAAGACUUCGUCAAGUUGCGAUAUGCGUCCCUCGAGUACCUGGUCGGCGUGAGCUUCGGCGGUGCGACUCUGGCGCGCUCUGGUGUUCUGGACGGCAAGCGAGCGACGACGAACAAGUCUGGGUGGACGUGGAUAACAGAGCGCGGUCCGAACGUUACGUGGGUGCCGCAGGCACGCUGGGUCGAGGAUGGCAAUAUCUGGACUACGUCCGGAACGGCGUCUGGUCUCGAUGCUACAUAUGCCCUAUUCAGCAGACUUUACGGCGCGCAGCCGCUGAAUUACAUGCUCAAUGUGAUUGAGUAUGCGCCGCACCUAGAUCCUAGUUGGGACCCGUAUGCGACGGCUUUCAACGUGUCCAAAUCCAAUAACUCGACAUGGCAGAGUUGCGUCAACCCUGUAACGAUGCCUAUGCGAUGA